ACAGACAAGAAAUUGCGAGACGUGCGAAAACAGUUUGUGAAGAAGCUGAGCGAUGAUAACUUGUCCUGGAGGAGCCCCCAAACGGGAUCCAUCUUCAUUGUGCAGCUGAUAGAGCAUAUGCAGGAACAUGCCUGGCGCUGCCACUUGGAAGAGAUCUUCAGGGAGGUCCAGCACGCAUUUAAGAACAACCCGCUGCAGAUGCCCACCAAGGAGAGAGCCACUCUUCUGAAAAGAUUCUACUUGUUCCCGGGCCACUGAAGCCAAUCGAGAG